GUGUCACGCACACUUCCUCAUUCCGGGUACUGCUGAUCCAGCUUGAGUUUCCAGCAGGUAGGAAUGUGGUCAUUUGCCUCCAGGAAGGAAAUGUCGCCUCUAAAACUCCCACAACAACGCAAUUUCACUUGCUUCAGCCUUUGUUUCCGUGUGUCAUCACCUGCACACCUGUGGAAGGGGGAGGAGUCCGGACAGGAGGGUAUAAGAGGAAAAGUGCAGGCAGGCUGAAGAUGCAGGGAAUCUGUUGAGAGUCGAGAUUAAGUGCUCAACAUGGGGAACUGGAUUAUCAACCAUGGACUUACAUCCUUCAUACUGGUGGUCUGGAUGGGCAUCAACAUCUUCCUUUUCGUCUGGUUUUACUUCUUCUACGAUUUGGGGGAUCGGUUUUUCUACACGCGCCAUCUUUUAGGGUCUGCCUUGGCCUGGGCCAGAGCUCCUGCAGCUGUCCUCAACUUCAACUGUCUGCUGAUCCUCCUCCCGGUGUGCAGGAACCUGCUGUCUCUGCUCCGAGGCUCCUUCGUGUGCUGCGGCAGAACAAUGAGGAAACAAUUAGACAAAAAUCUGAGUUUCCACAAGCUGGUGGCAUACAUGAUCGGUCUGAUGACAGCUGUUCACAUGAUCGCCCAUUUGUUGAACGUGGAGUGGUACAACAACAGCAGACAGGGAGUUUAUGAUAAACUCAGCACUGCUCUGUCCAACCUGGAGGACAGCGGAAACAACACCUACCUGAACCCAAUCCGCAAAACAGACAUCGAUCCGCAGCAGAUUCCAACCUACUUUGUCUUCACCACCAUCGCUGGCCUCACAGGGGUCAUCAUCACUCUGGCCCUCAUCCUCAUCAUCACCUCCUCCAUGGAGGUCAUCAGACGCAGCUACUUUGAAGUCUUCUGGUACACCCACCAUCUCUUCGUCAUCUUCUUUGCUGGUCUAGUCUUUCACGGAGCCGGGCGAAUUGUGAGGAGUCAAACGACAACAGAUCCACCACACAACUUUACCCUAUGUAAAGACCGCAGUGAUGAGUGGGGACGGAUUCCUGAGUGUCCCAUCCCUCAGUUUGCAGGAGGGUUCCCACAGACCUGGAUGUGGGUGAUUGGACCAAUGAUUCUGUAUCUUUGUGAACGUCUGCUCCGUUUCAUUCGUUACAUGCAGACAGUCAGAUACAGGAAGAUCGUGAUGCGGCCGUCCAAGGUGCUGGAGCUGCAGCUGGUGAAGAACGGUUUCAAAAUGGAGGUGGGUCAGUACGUCUUCCUCAACUGCCCGGCCAUCUCCCAGCUGGAGUGGCACCCGUUCACCAUGACCUCUGCCCCCGAGGAGGACUUCUUCAGCGUCCACAUCCGCUCGGCCGGGGACUGGACCGACAAACUCAUCGACAUCGUGCAGCAUCUACCGGAAGGAGCACAGGGACCCAAAAUGGGUGUGGACGGACCCUUUGGCACAGCCAGUGAGGACGUAUUCGACUAUGAGGUCAGCAUGCUGGUCGGUGCCGGUAUCGGAGUCACUCCCUUCGCCUCCAUUCUCAAGUCCAUCUGGUACAAGUUCAAAGACUCCAACCCUACACUGCGCACCAGAAAGAUUUACUUCUAUUGGCUUUGCCGUGAAACACACGCCUUCGAGUGGUUUGCCGACCUCCUGCAGGUGCUGGAGAAAGAGAUGGAGGAGAGAGGCAUGGCGGAUUUCCUCACCUACAAACUCUAUCUGACCAAAUGGGAUCAAAGCCAUGCCACGCACGUGAGGGUUCACUCCGAUGAGGACACAGAUGUGGUCACUGGGCUCAAACAGAAAACCCACUAUGGCAGACCCGCCUGGGACAAGGAGUUCGAACAAGUCCGCAAAGAGAACCCAACGUCUGUGGUGGGAACCUUCUUAUGCGGCCCCGAAGCUCUGGGAACAGUCUUGGAGAAGAAAUGUGUCAAAUACUCAGACGUGGAUCCUCGGAAGACCAAAUUUUACUUCAACAAGGAAAACUUCUGAGUAAAAACAACAGCAGCAUUUGGGCUUAUUGAAGCACUAUUGGUGGGGAAUCUCUUUCACCAUGGAUUAUUUUAGAACAAUGUAAUGAUGACAAAGCUGCCUGACAACAUGUGACACUACCUGUGUGUGUGUGUUUUGGCACACUAGACUAAACUGCACACCUAUAAAGAGGCAGGGCAUGUUAUUUUAUCUGCACUACUCAGGGCCUGACUUAUUUUCUUUACAUAUUUUCACGGCUGACAUUGUGACGUGAAAUAGUAGGGUAAAACGUGUGUUACCAAUGAUACUGUUAUUGUGCACGUUGGCUCACUGGAGUCUAAAUUAGUAUCAUUUGUUACACCUUCUGAAGCUUCUUUUCUGGCUUCAUUGUUACUGAGACUUGAACAAGAUUAUAAUGAAGUGUUUGACUGUUACAGAAGAGGUCAGGGCCUCGAGUGUUUCGUCUGUACACUUGAUCGUUUAUCAUGUGAAAACUACCUUUAAUACAGAUUAACAUUUGAAUCAAGACAGAACAAAAUUGUAAUGCCCUUCUUUGGAAUUUCCCCAUUGUGGGACAAAUAAAGGAAUAUCUUAUAUCUUAGUAACUAAGAAGUGACUAAUACAGCAGUUCACUGCAACCAAUGAUUAUUUCCAUUAUCCAAUAAUCCGGCUCGUUUUAAAUUCUGUUUGUUGUUAUAUAAGAGAAAGAAAAGUAGCAUGUAAUCAUACAAGAGGCUGCAAUCAGUUAAUUUUGAUUAUAUCAAAGUUAGCCUAUGAUCAAUUAAAUUGUAAAGAAGUGUCAUUCUGUUCUUGAAUUAAUUGUUUUGAAAUCUAAAAAUGUGUUUGAAAAUUAAAGUGUGAACAAUUAUUGUAACUCUAUCCUCUUCUAUCCAGCUUGAUUAAGGAAACCGGUUUCUUGGAACCAGACAAUCGUUUAUUAUUACCGUCACCAGUAUUUCCUCAUCAGUGAUAAGACACGUAAACCAGGAGGAAGACAGCUGGUCACGUAGCCUCUGGUUAAUCAUCCUCUUAAGACAUGAAAGGACUUAUGGUUAUUGAAAUUACUUUAAUUACUUCACAAUUUGUUGUUUCAUCCACUUUCCUGUAAACAAUUCCAGACUCAGUUUG